AGUUCCAGGAAAGGCGCAAAGCUACACAGAGAAACCCUGUCUCGAAAAACCAAAAAAAAAAAAAAAAAAGAGAAAAACCUCCAGCAUCUCAAAUUCCUCCAGUGGCUCCUGAGCUCGGCCGAAUGGGCUGAGGGUCGAUCUGUUGAAGCACUCUUUAUUGUUGCAAACUGCCCAAAGCAAUCCCAACACCGUGAGAGGUCCAGAUAAUUGCGGAGGCGAGCCCGCCUUCCGUCCCCUACUGAAUCAGGGAGCUCUGGAAAGCUAGGGUUUUAACGCGACGGAGGCAGGCAGGAAAAGUUUCUGAUGCGCUUCCUGUGGGUGGAGUACCCACAGGAAACCUCGAGCUGGAAGGGCUUGCGUGACCCGGCCCGGGCGCCACCGGUGACUUCCGCUCCCACCCGUGGCCCGGCCCACAGCCUGGGUUCCAAUUCUGUCUUGUCCUCGAGGCCACCAUUGGCCUCCAGCUCCCGCUGUGAAGUUACCCCGGCGCCCCCGCCCUUAGACUGCGAAGAAACCGGAAUUCUGACAAAGGGAAUGCAAUGAAGUAGGAUCUGAAUCCCGACCCUGCAGUAAACGAAGCGCGAGCGGAAGUGACGCCAGGGCCGCGACCGUCUCUUCCGGCCCGUGUCUGCAGGGAGGCGUUCCCUGGGGGCUGUGGCCUUCGUGAGUUCCGCGGUCCGGGCACUGCCUGCAGGUUGGUGGGGAGGACACGGGACGCGGGCGCUGAGCUCUGCAGCGCGCCGCGGCUCCUCGGACGUGGCGGAGGCCGAGGCUCUCAGGCUGUCAGUCACCGGGGUGGAAAGCGCCCCGGGGUUCGUCCUGGCGGUGUCUGCCUCUCCCGCUCUUCAAAAGCCGCCCUAGCAACUUUUAUGGAAAAAAGCUGGUUGCUUUGUUUUUGUUUUUGUUUUCUCCUCAGAAGGGAACGAAUUUUCGCUGGAGUAGUUGGAGUGACCAGCAUCAUAAACCUUGUGAUUUCAGCGCCUUUGGACUCAGGCUGGCCUUGAACUCUGUGUAGCUGAGGAUGACCCUAUACUCAUGGACUUCCUAUCUCCACCUCCUAAGUGCUGGAAUUCCAAGUCUGUAUCACCAUACCUUACUCAUAUUACCACAUUUUGUAAUGGAGAGUGCUUCUGUCCACUGAACCUCAGCAGCUGCACUAAAGUGAUGAUAACCCCAGUCAAAGGAGUAUUCAGACACACUUCCAUGUUACAGAAUGGCAGCAGCUGAUUCAUCCCAUGAUCUUUCAGGGGACUCAGUCUGCCUUCAACAAGAAAAGGUAGCAGCAGAAAGGAUGUUGAUUGACUGCCUGACAAAUUAUCAGGAGUUAGUGAGCUUUGAGGAUGUGACUGUGGCCUUUACCCAAGAGGAGUGGUCCUCACUGAACCCAGCCCAGAGAAGCCUCUACAGAGAUGUGAUGCUGGAGAACUACCAGAACCUGGUCACAGUAGGAUAUCAGCUCAUCAAACCCAGCCUGGUCUCUUGGUUGGAACAAGAAGAGUUUAGUACAGGUCAGAAGAUAGUUUUCCCAGAAUGGAAAAUGCAGCUUGAAAACAAAUGUUCAGCACCCCAACAGGAAUUUUUGAGGGGUAACAUAUCCAAUGGGAUGCAAAUGACAGGAAGCCAGGAUGGAAGGGAGCGCUGUAAGUGGACGAAAUCUGAAGACUUCUUCAGUGAACUCUCAUCCCUUAAGACACAUAGGGAAACUCAAACUACACAGGAUAAUUAUGACUGUAGUCAGUAUGGAAAAGACCUUGUAAUGCUUCAGAAGAAAAACUGUGCUGGUGAGAAACUUUCUGAGUUCAAUCAGAAUGAAGAAAUCUGUAUGACCCCAGUUAAGGUUAAUCAGAAAAUUACCACAGAAGAGAAAUCUUUUGAAGGCAGUGACUGUGGGAAGUCUUUUAUUAAUCAGUCACACCUUCAGGCACAUAGAAGAACUCACAGUGGAGACAGAAUUUAUGAUUGGAAUGAAUAUGGGAGAAGUUUUAUAAACUCAAGACUGGCUGUGCUUAUAGAAACUCUCAAUGCAAAGAAACCUUACAGAUGUAAGGAAUGUGGGAAAGGCUAUAGAUACCCUGCAUAUCUAAAUAUUCACAUGCGAACUCACACUGGUGAGAAGCCCUAUGAAUGUAAGGAAUGUGGGAAAGCCUUCAAUUAUUCCAAUUCAUUUCAGAUACAUGGAAGAACUCACACUGGAGAGAAACCCUAUGUAUGUAAUCAGUGUGGAAAAGCUUUCACUCAGUACUCAGGCCUUAGUAUACAUGUAAGAUCUCACAAUGGUGAUAAGCCCUAUGAAUGUAAGGAGUGUGGGAAAGCCUUCCUUACAUCCUCACGACUUAUUCAACAUGUGAGAACUCACACAGGAGAAAAGCCUUUUGUGUGUGUCAAAUGUGGGAAAGCCUUUGCUGUCUCUUCAAAUCUCAAUGGACAUUUGAAAAUGCAUGCUGAAGAGAAGACAUGUGAGUGUAAGAUUUGUGGGAAAGCAUUUGGAUAUCCUUCAUGUCUUAAUAAUCACAUGAGAACUCACAAUGCCAAAAAGUCAUACACAUGUAAGGAAUGUGGGAAGGCCUUUAACUAUUCCACCCACCUUAAAAUUCACAUGCGAAUCCACACUGGAGAGAAACCUUAUGAGUGUAAACGGUGUGGGAAAGCAUUCAGUCAUUCCACUUCAUUUCAGAUACAUGAAAGAACCCACACUGGAGAGAAGCCCUAUGAAUGUAAGGAGUGCGGGAAAGCCUUCAUCUGUCCCAGUUCCUUCAGAAUUCAUGAAAUAAGUCACACUCACACUGAAGAAAAACCAUAUAAGUGUCAGCAGUGUGGAAAAGCCUACAGUCAUCCUCGUUCACUUCGAAGGCAUGAAAGAAGUCACUAGUGAGAAGCCUAGUUGAUGUUAGCUAUGUGAGAAAGCCAUUAUUUGCUCUAGUUUGCUUUGAAGACAUGAUGGUACUCACACUGGAGAGAAAAUGUUUAAAAUUAUAUACAUAGCUUGGAGCAGUGCUGUAUGGUAGCUGCUCAGGAGGCUGAAGAUGGGGGUAAAUUUAAAACUAUACUGGGCAACACAGAUACUCCAUGUCAGAAAAGUUAAAGUGAAUGCUGGCAAGAGGGCCCAGUGGACAGAAGCACUUGUGAAUGUCUGACGACUGGAACUUGAUCCACAUCCCUGUAAAAUAGACAGAUAGAGUGGCAUGCAUCUGUAUUCCCAGCAGUCCUACAAGAUGGGAAGCAGAGGCAGGAGAAUCACCUGGAAGCUUGCAGGGCAGCCAGCUUGGAGUAUGCAGCAUGGCAGAAAGAACAAGAGAGACCCCGCCCUGCCUCAACAAGGUAGAAGAACCAGUGCCCUGAAGUUGUCCUGUGACCCCGUAUGUUUACCCACCUCCCCACAUAUGCCGCAGUAAUAAAUACAACUUCCAAGAAUGGAAAUGGGGGCUCUUGAGAUGGCUCGGUAGAUAAAAGCCUUCUCCAUACAGUACUGACAACUUGCUUUCUAUCCCUGGUUCCCCACCGUGGAAGGAGAGAAUUGGCAUUUAACAGCUGCCUUGUGAUCUCCACAUGAAUGCUGUGGCACACAUGCCCUCUUGCCAGUCUCCAAGAAUAAUAGAUUUUAAAAAUUGAAAUGAGUGACUGUAGAGAUGGCUCAAACAGUUACCAGCACCUGCUACUCUUGCAGAGGACACAGGUUCUGUUCCCAGCAUUCACAUGGCAACUCACAGCCAUCCAUAACUAGUUUCAGGACAUCUGGCACCCUUUUCUGGCCUCUGUGAACACUCAUCAUACAUAGAGUGCACAUGUUCAGGCAAAACACUUGUACACAUAAAGUAAAGAUAAUAAAAAGAAAAGGAAGUUGCAAUGAGUCCUGUUAGGUCAGAGUGACUGAUGUCCUCAGAAGGCUAAGGUGCAGCAGGAUACAGAGAGAAGACCAUGGGAAGUCUUCAAAUGGCCUUCUGCAAAUGAGACAGAUGUUUCUACUAUGUUUCUACUACAUGUUUCUACUAUGACCUCCAGAGGAAACUACCUGAGUUAUGCUGAUCUUUGAUUUCCAGCCUCCCAAUUGUAAGAAAUAAAUAACCACAUUUGA